AUGGGUGACUACUCGAAAGCACUUGAAUUUUACGAAAAGACACUGGAAAUCGACAAGAAAACUCUGCCUCCAAAUCAUCCCUCAUUGGCUACUUCAUACAACAACAUCGGUGCAGUGUAUAGCGCCAUGGGUGACUACUCGAAAGCACUUGAAUUUUACGAAAAAUCACAUAAAAUCUAUGAAACAGCUCUGCCUCCGAAUCAUCCCAAUUUGGCUACUUCUUACAGCAACAUCGGUGGAGUGUAUAAAUACAUGGGUCACUACUCGAAAGCACUUGAAUUUUACGAAAAAGAUCUCGAAAUCACAAAAAUAGCUCUGCCUCCAAAUCAUCCCUCAUUGGGUACUUCAUACAGUAAAAUCGGUCAAGUGUAUAACGACAUGGGUGACUACUCGAAAGCACUUGAAUUUUACGAAAAAUCACAUAAAAUACGAGAAAUAGCUCUGCCUCCAAAUCAUCCCGAUUUGGCUACUUCAUACAACAACAUCGGUGGAGUGUAUGACGACAUGGGUGACUACUCGAAAGCACUUGAAUUUUACCAAAAAGAUCUCGAAAUCACAAAAAUAGCUCUUCCUCCAAAUCAUCCCGAUUUGGCUACUUCAUACAACAACAUCGGUUUAGUGUAUUCCGCCAUGGGUGACUACUCGAAAGCACUUGAAUUUUACGAAAAAUCACAUAAAAUACGAGAAAUAGCUCUGCCUCCAAAUCAUCCCAAUUUGGCUACUUCAUACAAUAACAUCGGUGGAGUGUAUUACCACAUGGGUGACUACUCGAAAGCACUUGAAUUUUACGAAAAAUCACAUAAAAUCUACGAAACAGCUCUGCCUCCGAAUCAUCCCAAUUUGGCUACUUCAUACAACAACAUCGGUGGAGUGUAUAACAACAUGGGUGACUACUCGAAAGCACUUGAAUUUUACGAAAAAUCACAUAAAAUACGAGAAAUAGCUCUGCCUCCAAAUCAUCCCUCAUUGGCUACUUCAUACAACAACAUCGGUGCAGUGUAUUACCACAUGGGUGACUACUCGAAAGCACUUGAAUUUUACGAAAAAUCACAUAAAAUCUACGAAACAGCUCUGCCUCCAAAUCAUCCCUCAUUGGCUACUUCAUACGGCAACAUCGGUCAAGUGUAUAACUCCAUGGGUGACUACUCGAAAGCACUUGAAUUUUACGAAAAAUCAAUUUAA